GUGCACCUAGAGGAACAGCAGAAGGAUAAUCAAGGGCCUCUGGUGGAGCUCACAGUUUCAGUGUUAAAUAACAUCGGCUUGCAGCAGUUGGGGGGGCAGGACUCAUUCCAGCACUAUUAAUAUAGCCCCUAUUUAUACUCCUAGACUCCUGCAAACGGCACAGCAGAGAGCUACAGCUGCAGAGCUAAAAUGGAAUAAAUGUCAGCCUCCAGGGAGAAAGCAAUCCUUUCAGCCAUCAUGCAGGAAAGGAGAUGGUGAAAGGACAGAAGCUGGGGCAGGUUUCAGACCUGAGAAAGAGGAGCAAGCUGAUCAAAGCACCCUGAGUUUGCAGCCAGUGGGCAGAGCCAGCCAGCAGCCUCCCUGCAGCCAGCAAGUCUGUGCGGAGAGGCUGCCAGGAACACAUGCGCAGCCUCACAGGCAGCCCCUACAGUGCUGGUGGAGACAAGGUGGGGGUUUGGGCUGCUGCUCUACGGAUCCGGUACCAGGUGUGACUCAGGGACAAAGGAGCAGAAGCCUGGAAGGACAUUUGGUGGGGGGGAGGCAUUAAGUGCAUUGUCUGCUGGGCUGGGAAGAUGAUGGAGAGCACAGGAGGGCCAUAUCUGAACACCGCUGCCUUGACAUCCCCUGUGGGAAUAGCUCGUUUGCUGCAGAUGACGUUUGGAUGUACCACGUUCAGCCUGGUAGUCCAUCAGGGGGGAUUCAGCGCGGCCUACGGCACUUUCUGCAUGUUUGUCUGGACCUUCUGUUUUGCUGUCACUGUCUUCAUCAUCACCUGCGAAUUCACACAUCUGCACAGCUGCCUGAGUAUUUCCUGGGGAAACUUCACCGCUGCUUUUGCCAUGCUCGCCACGCUCAUGUCCAUCACGGCUGCAGUGAUCUACCCACUUUACUUUGUCCAGCUGGGCUGUUACCCCAUCGGCUGUGAGGUGAGAGACUUUCGCAUUGCAGCCAGUGUCUUUGCGGGCCUCCUGUUCAUUGCAUACACCACCGAGGUGUUCUUAACCAGGGCAAAACCAGGACAAGUCACCAGCUACAUGGCCACCAUCUCUGGGCUCCUGAAAAUUGUGCAGGCCUUCGUGGCCUGCAUCAUCUUCGGGGCGCUGGUGAACGACAGCCAGUACAGCAAAUACGUGGCAACGCAGUGGUGCGUGGCUGUCUACAGCUUUUGCUUCGUGGUGACGGUGGUGGUUGUGGCCUUCAGUGUCACAGGUAAGACUGCCUUGCUGUGGUUCCCCUUUGAGCGCUCUGUGGUUGUCUACACCUUCGCGGCCGUGCUGCUGUAUGUGAGCGCAGCAGUCAUCUGGCCGGUGUUCUGCUUUGACAGCAAGUACGGCUCCCCCCAGCGCCCCAGCCUCUGUGCCAAGGGCAAGUGCCCCUGGGACAGCCAGCUGGUGAUUGCCAUUUUCACCUACGUGAACCUGCUGCUCUAUGUCGUGGACCUGGCAUACUCCCAGCGCAUCCGCUUUGUCUCCCACCUCUGAGAUGCAGGUCUCCUGCUGCUGAGCCAUCCCAGCACCAUCAGCAACAGCAGUCGGGGAUGCAGUGGGAGAUGGGAUGUGGGGAAGGGAGGUACUGAGCAGGCAUGUGCGCAAGAACCAUCAACCAAACUUCAAGGUUAAGACUGACUGGACCAGCAAACUAUCGACCUGUUGUGGGUGUGCUGCAGCUGAUGCUCGGAAAAACCCAUUCCAUGUUGCUCAUCAUCUGCCUCAGCCACCCGCUGCCAGUGCAAAGAAACAACACGACUCCAAGUAUGCAAAAUGGCCUUUCAUCUCCAGGUGGCAGAAGUGCUUGCCGCUGCAACAGCAGGUCUGCAGACUACCAGACUACUGAGCCAAAUAUUAGGAAAGACACCAAGGAUUUUGAAACUGUUACCAGCGCUUAACCGUAAUCAAGUGACUACCCAGGAAGUGGGAAAGUUAAAAGCUGCAUCAAGGAACACCAGUUCUGGAGAUGAAAAACAGUCCCUCAGAGUUUGGGUUAGUUUGGGCUAUGUGGUGAGACACAAAGUGCUUGCAAGCGUGGGAAAUUCCAGUCAGGAUGUUUCUGAGAAGAACAUCAUAGUUGUAAUAGCAUUGCGAAGAUUACCAGUCCUUCCCCUUCCUCUCCUCUCCUUAGCUGUUUAGCCCAAAAAAGAAUAUCCUCAAGCAUGCACCUUGUGGGGAAGCAUGGGAUACUCCUAUUUAGCAAACACGGAGUCACUACAUAAGUGAAAAUUUGCAAAAUUGGGGCUCUUCUGCCAAGAACCAGGGUGCAGAACAGAGCCAAACUGCCAAAUAGCCAUGUGUAACUCGACAUCUUUGCUUGAGCAGGACCUGAAGGUACCUUGGCAUGUGCUUUGCCCCAGUUCAUAUGCCACUGUUUCUGUAUACUGAUGUCAAGAAUUUGUUUUUUUCUGGAAGCUUAAAGAUAAAUUCUGGAGGGAGGGAGGAAGGUCAUGCAGAGAUGGACUGAUCUUGCAGCGCUGCACAAAAGAUCAAACUGGGCCAGGGGGGCACAGACGGGACAGGGUGCAACAAAACUUGCAUAUGACGGUAAGGCACUGGGAGCGCUGCCCCAGAGCAGAUCAGGCAUUAGGAUUUCUGAGCUCUUUGUGUCACCAACCAGCUGCAUUUCUGUGACCUGUCCCUGACAAAACACACACUUUGAAGUCCCACAUUGCAUAGCUCAGAUUUCAGGCUUAAUUGGGAGAAAUGUUCUUCAUUUCUGAUCCAGCGAAAACCAAAGCAGUCUGAGUACUUGUGCAGAAAGCAUACAGACUAGAUAGGUUUGAUUAAAAUUGAAAGUAGCUGUCUUAUUUUUAUUAGCCGAUUUAUUUUUAACCAAAUUAAAAUAAAGCUGAAUGGCACUUACAUACUACAUCUCCAAAGAUUUGUAUACUUUUGUCUUGCUCUCUGCACAGCUUUUCUUUCCCCAGACGCAGCUCUUCAGCUUUCUGCCAGAAAGCACAGCUCAAUUUAUUUUGGUUAUGAAGCCUGAAUCCAGCCCCAAAAAAGUAUAUACACAGGAUGGCUGAGACCUCUGGCUGACAUUCUUUGUAGCAGAGUCACUCAGGAAAGAGGAAGGAAACUUACUUUUCAUCAGUGCUUUGUAUGGGGUUUGAAAACCAAAGGGAAAAAUUGUUGGGACAGAAUGCGUUGGCUAAUUCUGCUACCAGGUAAGAACCAGCCUUUAGCAGUGAGAAUUAUUAGCCAGAACCAGUAUCCAGCAUAAAAUACCUACCAAACAGCCU